AUGGGCUCCAGAAACUCAAAAUCUGAGGAUUCGCAUGAAGCAAAACUGGCAGAGGAUGGAAAAGAGAAAUACACCGGUGUGAAUAACUUCACCGGUGUACUAUACAAAAUAUCAUCAUCUGGGAAUGUUUCGAUAAAUGCAAAUGGAUCAACGGUGUCUUCGAUGCAGGAAAAGUCUAAAAGAACAUCUCCAUACAACAUGGAGCGUGAAAAGGAACGGAAGAGACAGCAGAUGACAAGAAAACGGAACAUGAGACAACGUGAAAUCGUGAGCCAAAACGAGGCAGCUCCAAACGAUUCGAUUCAAGGACCUCCACUCUACACAAGUACACCAAGGGAAGACGGACAUCAUGCCAUCGACUACGGACAGCAUGCCAUCGAAGGACCAAAUGACGACCAGAUUCAAGAAAGAGAGCUCUCGUACGCCGACGACCAGUCUCAAGAGCGUCCCAGAGACGAACAAUCUUCUCGGAACACAAGUGUCAUCAUGAAUCGAAGAGAUAGCGUGAGAAGUGAUAACGCGGCCCAACGUCACGAGUCCAUUGUCAAGACUUUCGUCUGUCACCCAAUGGGAGUGGAGUUCAAAGAAACAUGUCGAACAAUGAAGGCGGUGCUUGGAGCAAAGCAUCAAAAAUGGAAGCGACGCGGAAUCAGUGGAGGAGGAAACAACUAG